UUGCAUUGUCGUAUUAUUAAACUAAUCUCCACCUGGGCAGAUUGUCUAUAAAAUGUUUGUCCUUACAUGAGUCUCCCCGUACUCACAAAAACAAAUUUAAAGAGAGAGAGAGAGAUUGAGGAAGAUGAAGAUGAUGAAAGGAGAAGUGGUGCUCAACAUCCCAGCCGAGAAAGCAUGGGAAAUGUACAGAAACAAUGAAAUCAUUAGCAAAAUCAACCCUGAAAUGCUGUCUGGGGCUGAGUACAUACAAGGAGAUGGUGGCCCUGGAAGCCUAAGGCUUUUCAAGCUUGGUCCCGCUGUAUUCGAUUAUGUGAAAGAAUCAAUGGAGAAGAUAGAAAAGGUGGAAAUGGGACGGUCGGUCACUUACCAGGUCAUUGGAGGAGACUUAAAGGAGAUGUAUGAUCCUUACAGGGUUACUUUCUCAUUCAUUCCUGUGGAAGGAAAAGAAAACCACAAGUGCAUCGCUGAAUGGGAGGCAGAGUUUGAGCCACGGGCACCCGCAACCCCUCCACCUGAGAAGGCCAGGGAUGCUGCCCUUGGAUUUCUCAAGUCGUUCGACAACUUUCAGCUAAGCUACUAGCUCUAUCAAUAUCAGGAUUCUUUCCUCUCACCUGUGUCUAUAGUAUAUAUGCCUCUAUAUAUAUAUAUAUGCGUGUGAAAUUAGCUGGAACAUAUCACCUAAGUUGAGCGCACUCUUUGUAUUAUAAAAUGAUUAGACAUGAAAUUGUACUAGUAUUAUCAAUGAAGUUAUCUAUAAGAAUAAGCAUGUCUUCACUAUUUGGUAAUGGAGUCUUUCGGUUACUAUCCAUGUCAGUACAAAAGUUUUUCU